AUGCAAAUGUCGCCGUACAAAUUCGAUCACGGUUCGACUUUACCACAACCUGAAUGGGUCCAUGUGGCUCCUUGUCCCGAUGUGUUUCGUGGAGAGUAUCGGCUGGCAGAUGACGAGCUGAACAAUCCAGAAAAGCUUGAAAAAGCCGGAAUCCAUUACUCAGACGCCGUUAACAACCUGAUCGAGAAGGCCGAGUCCAAUGGGCGAACUGUGGCCGCCUACUUUGCCGAAGCUCUCCAGUCCUGUGGUGGUCAGGUUAUUCCACCACCCGGCUAUUUCACCGAAGUGGCAAGACAUGUGCGAAAUCACGGUGGUCUCGUGGUCAUCGACGAAGUUCAGACCGGAUUCGGCAGGGUCGGAUCGAAGUUCUGGGCCCACCAACUAUUCGAUGAUGGUUUCUGCCCCGACAUCGUGACCAUGGGUAAACCAAUGGGUAACGGUUUCCCAGUGUCCGCUGUAGCGACAACGAGGAAAAUCGCCGAUGCGUUGGGAGGAAAAGUCGGCUACUUUAACACGGAAAUCCAGUGGCGUGUGCAGCAGGUUUUGGGUGUGAUGCGAGUGAUUCGGGAAGAAAAACUUUUGGAACACAGCCAAGAAAUGGGCGAGGAAUUUGAGAGGCAAUUGAAUCAGCUCAAGGCGAAGUAUCAAUGUAUAGGAGAUGCCGAGUCCAAUGGGCGAACUGUGGCCGCCUACUUUGCCGAAGCUCUCCAAUCCUGCGGUGGUCAGGUUAUCCCACCACCCGGCUAUUUCACCGAAGUGGCAAGACAUGUGCGAAAUCACGGUGGUCUCGUGGUCAUCGACGAAGUUCAGACCGGAUUCGGCAGGGUCGGAUCGAAGUUCUGGGCCCACCAACUAUUCGAUGAUGGUAGGCUUCACCGUGUUAACAAAUCAAUGUAUCCAUCAGCUAGUGAGCUUCAAAUAUUCAGGUUUCUGCCCGACAUCGUGACCAUGGGUAAACCAAUGGGUAACGGUUUCCCAGUGUCCGCUGUAGCGACAACGAGGAAAAUCGCCGAUGCGUUGGGAGGAAAAGUCGGCUACUUUAACACGUAUGGAGGAAAUCCAGUGGCGUGUGCAGCGGUGUUGGGCGUGAUGCGAGUGAUUCGGGAAGAAAAACUUUUGGAACACAGCCAAGAAAUGGGCGAGGAAUUUGAGAGGCAAUUGAAUCAGCUCAAGGCGAAGUAUCAAUGUAUAGGAGAUGUCAGAGGUGUCGGUCUUUUCUGGGGAAUCGAUUUGGUCAAGGACCGACAGACCAGAGAACCUGAUCAGGAGCUGGCGUUGUCGUUGAUACUGAAACUGCGACGGGACAGAGGAAUUCUGUUGAACGCCGAUGGUCCUCACGUGAACAUCCUCAAAAUCAAGCCUCCCCUCUGCUUCGAUAAGCAAAACCUGAUGGACACAAUCAACGCGUUAGAUCGAACGUUAGCCGAGAUGGGCAAAUAG